AAACAAUUUUUUACAUUGGAAUAUGUAAAUGCGAUUUGAAGGCAGCUCCAUGUGCAUGCGGCUGGGUUCCCGAACGUCUCAAAGAGUUCAUGCGCGAUCAACAUAAUCAGAGAAGACUAACAAUCGAUGCAUUUGUAAUGGAAACUGAAGAGCAAGGAGCAACGUCUAUGUCAUCAAUGCCAACAUACCAAGAUCCCGAUGAUUCAACAUACGCACCGCCACCGGUUCAAGAAGAUAUGGAUAGAAGCACAAGUUCACAAUACACAGAGAGAUACGAUUGUUUUAACUUUGCCUUGGUAUGUGACAGAUUUGGUGUGCCUGACAGAGUAGCAUCAGCAUUGGGAACCGCUAUUUUACAAGAUUUUAAAAUUAAAGAUAAGCAUGGAAAACCUCUCAUCAUGGAUAAAUCGAAAGUUCGCAGAGAAAAAGAGAAAUGCAGACAAGAAGUGCUUCGCAAACGGUUAGAUGAUACCAAUUUGUUAUCGUACAAUCUCGGUGGCUCACCAAGUCCGCUAGAUUAUUGCGAUUAUAUGUGA